CUACCACAACGUCUGGCAUCUUCAACUUGCAAAUCUCUCAUUUCCGACGGUCUCAUGCAAAUCUAUCAUGAUAGCAUGGAAAAUGCAUUAUCAUGCUGGCUGAAUGAGACGACCUGUCCGUAUAGCAUCAGUUCUUCAUCUCGGCACAAUAGACCAAACAUUCUGAAGUCUAUGACCGAGGAGUGGGGCCCCAAUUGGUCAAAUCGAAUCUGCUCACGCGUUUGCCGACUUGACAGGGUAGCUUCCACAACUCGAGAUCGUCCUCUGACGAAAAUGGAGGAUAAGGCAGCAUCUCGAGCUCUCCAGGCUGUCAUUAUGUCAUUCGCAACGCAAUGGGCUCAAUCAAGUCAAAGAAGUGAAAGAGAGUACUCCUCCUUCGUGAAAUUUGAAGGGGUGGCAUAUGGCUCACAGCUAAAUGGGUUUUCACCCGAGGAGCCGGCCUUUGAUGAACCUGACAUUGCGCUAUCUGUGCCCACCGAGUUUGACCGAUUGAUGCAAGAAAGCUCCUGGUACCGGGCUCGUCAAGCGUUGCAGGAAACAGCAGGGAUCCAAUCUUUCAGAGUUAUUUUUGCGCACAUUAUCUUCUCGUUGACUCAGAAGCCCUUGAAAAACUCAAUCGCGGACGAAUUAGAUGACGUUGUACAAUCUGAUGGGCCACCACUAUUUCUUGAAAUAGCACUUCGACAGCUGCAUUCAUAUCGUUUCAAAUUGGACACCUGGGAAAGAGAAAAGGGGAUGCUACGAAGAGAUGCCAACUGCACCCAAACCCAAAGAGACCCUCUCAAUGCUGAUGACCGGAAAACAUUCGACAUGUUAUUUUGGCUGGGGGUUAUGUUCGAUACUCUGUCCUCGGCAAUCCACAAACGCCCUCUUGUCAUUUCAGAUGAAGAUAGUGAUGUUAUUCCAGAACUGGCAUCAGAUCCUUCUGCAAUGAACGGGUAUGAGGAGGAAUUCGAUAACGAAAUAGCGUACGGAAGUUCUUUGACUCAAGGCUCGAACUUGUGGGGGCAAUUCUUCUUUCAACAGAAACGUACGCAGGAUCGCGAGAGUAUUGUUCGAUGGCCAUGCCCCUAUGAAAAAGCAGCAGCAGCACUCAGCGAUGCUGCACCUAUCAAAGUCCUCCUUUUCCGCAAAGUAUCACAUCUCCAAAUCCUACUCUCCCGGCGAGCUAGACAUUCGAGCUUCGAGGAAGGCAUUAGCGCUGCGCUAAGAGUCUAUCAACAUUGGAACGAUGCGUAUGGCCCCUUCAUGCUCGAUUGUAUUGCCAACCAUGACGCCCUUCCACCCCGUAUCCAAUCUUGGUAUAUCGUCCUAGCAGGUCAUUGGCAUCUCGGUGCCAUGCUUCUCGCAGACAUGAUCGAGUUCAUAGAUAAAGCAGAACUGAGCCUUACCUCCAGGCGUCAGCGUCGUCAAUCAUCCCACCUCGUGACAAGACUACAUAUAAAGAACGCAUAUGCGGUAGCAGACCUAGGAAGAUGUUCCUGUCCUCGCAGCAAUGCAAGUUUUCCUAAUUUUCGCGAGUUUCAUUUCGCGGUCAACAAGGGUGCUCUACUCACGGAGCCAUGGACCGUUGUGCUGAUCCGAUCAUUUGCGAAAGCAGCAAUACUGCUCCUCGAUUUGAUGACGCAAAAUCACCAGAAACUUGGGGAGCAUGACGAGAGGGAGCAAAAUAAGGCGCGAUGUGAAUACUGUAUUGAGGCACUGUGGAAUUUGGGGAAGAAGUCAGACAUGGCGUACAUUGCAGCAACUGCUCUAUCCACCGCUCUC